GCAAUGGCAGCCCGCCAUGGCAGCAGGAGAACAAGGGCAGAUCAAUGGCUGUUUGGUGGGAAGUGGAGGGGAACCGUAAAGGAGACAAGGCAUCCUCCGCCUGUCCCUGAGGCCAAGCUUCCAAAUCCCGUUCCCGUUCAGAAGGACGAAGGCGUCUGCCUUGAGAAGCCUCGGGUGCAGAGAGAGGUCGCCGACGUCGCGCCCGGAAGGAGAUCUAUGCCGGAGAUGGAGAUCAACAUGAAAGAAGUCGUUGCGGUGCUCGGGGUGAAGGUCAUGGCUGCAGACAUGCCGCCGUUCAUGCAGCUGCAUGCCUUCCGGUGCGCUAAGCGGUCCCAUGACAACUUGGACAAGUUCAGCUCAAGGCAACUGGCCCAUGAUGUGAAGAAGGAGUUCGAUAAAGUGUAUGGGCCUACCUGGCACUGCAUCGUUGGUACGAGCUACGGUUCCUUUGUGACACAUUCCAGAGGCUGCUUCCUCUACUUCUCCAUGGACAAAAUCAUAGUGAUGCUGUUCAAGACCAAGAUAAGGAAAGUGUUAGCAUCCUGAGCAGCCUGUCCAUCAUGAAGGGCGUGGUCAGUCCAGCUUUUCUAUGAUACUGACAAUUGUAAAAUAUUGAACCUUAUAGCUUGGAGCUGAAGAGCUAACUUGAAUCAUUCUUGUCUGUGAGUGGCAACUUGCUAACAUGGGGCCGUACUGCGGUGCUGUUGUUGUAGACUAAAAAAUUAACCGUUCAAAGCAAUGAUGAAUUAUUUGCAUCGGUGUAGUGUAGGAGUACUUUGCUGAGGCACAGCUCUGGUAUGCCAGAGUGCCAGGCUGCAUCAGCGAUCACGGUCAAGGUCACGUUGUAAGAUUCCUGAUUGGCAGAGAUCUGUUUGCCAUAGGGAGGGCCAUGCAAAGAAUGGCAUGGUCACGUCACGCCGUGGACCAAAAUCAAAUUUUUUUUGGCUUUUACAUCGUUU